AUGGCGCCCCACGAACCCCUCGAAUCCACCCCCUGGAUAACCACCCUCCUAACCGACCAAACCUACAUAACGACGCCCAUGCCCUCGCGCGUCCCCAAAUCAUCCACCGAAGACAAUUUCUUCGCCCGAACACUCAACACCCCAUCCACCAUCCCGGCUUGCAUCAUGCAGUACCAGCGUCCGGACCUCUCUUCUGGAGAAAAUCCAGGGGACGUGAAACGCCUCCGCCUCUUCGUCCGUCUCGCCGAAGACAUCACUGGAUACCCUGGAACGCUUCACGGAGGCGUCACGGCCAGCUUACUGGACGAGUGUAUGGGAUUAUUGCUGGGAGUGCGCGGGGAAGUAGGGCCGGCGGGAGAACGGUCGCGCGACGGCGCAUUGGCUGAGGUGCCUGUUACGGCUUAUUUGAAUACGAAGUUCAAGAGACCGGUUCCGGUCCCUGGGGAUGUGGUUAUCAAUGUGUGGCUGAGGGAGGGGGGUGAGCCCAGUACGAGGAAAUGGGUCGUUGAAGCGGAUGUGCGGGAUGAGGGAGGGAGAUUGUUGGCUGAGGGGGAGUGUCUAUCCGAACCUCGGUAA